GUACUUAUUUUCUACUUAAUUGUUCGAAAAAAAAAAAAAAAAAUUGUCAUCGUUAUUUUGCAAUUUUUAGUCAUAUCAAGUUUAUUAUAAAAAAAAAGUGAACUCAACAAGUGAACUGAAACUCGUUUUUUUUUUCUUUUAUUGUGAAAAAAUAAUUUCGGAAGUGAAUCGAUAUUGUCGCGUUGCCACGUCAUCAUCAUAAAAUGGGCGCGACCUAUUCUCCCCAUGAUAUUGAACACGAGCAACCAAGUAAAACGGAACAAUUGGCAAAUUGGAUAAGUCGUGUACGUUCAAAGAAAAUAAUGCGUCGACGAAAUAGAAAACGUGAUCUUCGUGUUGAAGCAGUAUUGACAUCAGCAUUGUUCAAGGCCGAAUUUGAAUUACGCACAAAGCAACGAUUGCGCAAUAUAAAAUGGCAGGAGCUUAAAAAGGAAUUGAUGUUGGAUUAUAAGCAAUGCAAUGACUAUACAAAUUAUUUACAAUGCCAAGAAAUAAAUCCAUGGAAGGAGCCAGUUUGUGAGGAAUUGACAAGUUUCAAUGAAUUUAUGUCACAAUUGGGUGAAAUUAAAGUUCCAGUAGCCCGAUGAAAUAACAACAAUGAAGAUGCUCGUUGAUUGAGGUUAUGUUUUUUAUCUAAUUUCAACGAGUGGGAUCCAAACGAAAAAAAAAGGCUUGAAACGCCUCUUUAAAAAAGAAGAUUGAAGAUUCUUCAACAAUGGGAUGAAGAGAAAAAAAAAAUUCGCGUGUGAUUUUUUUUGUUGUUAAUGGACAUGUGUCAAAUUUUUCCUGCCAGUGGUUUUGAAAGCAGCAGCCGAAAUAGUGACGUCAAAUUUGAUUGCGUAUUUUUUAAUUGCAGUCUCGUCGUAUGCAAUGGCAAUGGGAAGGACGGCGGGAGUCGCUGUUUCCGUUUCCGAGGAGCCUGGUGGGGGGGAUGCCUGGAAACCGA